UUGCAGCAUGUAUAUAUUAAAAGAAAGGUACAAGCUGGAUUGGUGAUGUGAAACACAACAGUAAAACAACACUAUAUUGAUUUAAAAUGUAAUUUUCAGUACUAUGAAGUAAUAUUACAAAAGACUGGUUCGUCAAUGGUUAUUUUUUUUGGAGUUCAUUUUUUAAAAAUGGUUGAAUUUUCGCUUUGGGAGUAACACUAUUUUUUACAUGUUGUGUUAAGCAUUAUAACAAUUUACAUGUUAAUUUUUUUUUUUGAUUCGUGUGGAGAUUAUUUAUUGGAUUGAAUCAAUAGAUUUUGGUGGUGAAUGUCUGAUCACACUAGUUUACAGACCUCUGAUGAUAAGGCUGGUUCUGAUGAUAAAGAAAAUGUGUCCAUUGGAGGCUCAGUCGGUGGUGCCUCGUUAUUAAUGGCAGUUCAAAUCAUUACGAAAUUAUUUACUUUUGCAUUAAAUCAAUAUCUUAUACAGUUCAUUUCUCCUAACGUAUUUGGAAUAUCAGCAUAUUUGGAAUUCUUGAUUUCUUCAAUUUUAUUUUUCAGUCGAGAAGGUAUUAGAAUAGCGAUUCAAAAAUUGAGUUUGACAGAUCCUGUUACAGAUGAAAAUAAGGAUGAGGUAGAUCAUCUUUCAAAGGUUGGUUUGAACCAAAGUAUUAUAAACAAAGGGUUCUUGCCCUUGAUUGUUGGUAUUCCAAUCACUAUACUCAUAGGAAUAUGGCAAUACAACUCACACAGCUUCGAGACUGGUUUGCAACAAUUAAAUUAUCAUCAUUAUACCAUAUUAAUUACAGUUAUUCUGAUUUUUGUUGAAUUGGCCAUUGAACCAAUCUAUGUAUUAAACCAAUUCUUGUUGAAUAUUAAGAGAAGAUCACAAAUCGAAGGUUUGGCUGUUUUCUUUAGAUGUGUUAUUAUUGUUGGUAUUAUUUUGGUGAUCAAUAAGUUUGAAUUACUAGAAGAUGAUUUUACUGGCGUUGCAGUCCUUGCAUUUGCUUUAGGUCAAUUGGCAUAUUCUUUAGUUUUAGCCGUUGGUUACUUAUCAGUCUUUAUUUGGGAAAACAAAAGAGGUGAUAAUGAGAAAUUACAAUUAAAGAUUCAACGUAUUUUCUAUAAAUCUGAAAAGUCACUUUACUUUCAUCCAAAAGCUUUGAAGACUUGGAAAAAUUUAUUUUUACAAAUGAUAUUUAAGCAAAUGUUAACUGAAGGUGAUAAAAUGCUAGUUAAUUAUUUCUUUUCAGUCAAGCAACAGGGUAUUUAUUCCGUUAUGUCAAAUUAUGGUUCUAUUUUAGCUAGAUUGGUGUUUCAACCAAUUGAAGAAACGGUUAGAUUGCUGUUCAGUAAAAGUCUUUCUGCUUUAGAUUGUAACAUUAAUGAAGUUAAGCAAUCAUAUAAGUCAUUAAAGUUGAUCUCAUUGCUUUAUUUUAAUCUUUCAAUAUUAAUACUAUUGGCAGGAACCACGAAUGCUUCUUAUUUGCUAACCAUAAUAUUGGGCCGUGGAGGAUCUUCGAAGUGGGUAGGGAGUGAGAUAUUCAGCUUGUUUCCUACAUAUAUAUCGUAUCUUCCACUUUUAGCAUUCAAUGGUAUAUUUGAAGCUCUCUUCAGUAGCUUGGCUACAGAUAAGGAUAUUAGACAAUCUUCUGUGUUUAUGACAUCAUUGACUAUUUCGAGUUUACUCUUACUGGUGGUACUUAUAGAAUAUUUUCAUUUGGGACUUACAGGUUUAAUUGUUUCAAAUGCUUUCAAUAUGGCACUGAGAAUUACUUACUGUGCAUCCAAAAUAACAGCCUUUUAUUCUUCAUUCGGGAUUCAAGUGUCUAUUUGGAAAAUUAUUAAUUAUUUGAAAAGUAGUAUUCUUGUCGCUGCUAUAUUUGCAUUUGUUCAAUAUAAAUUUGUGCUUAAAGGAGAAGGUUUAUCCACAAAGAGUCACUUGCAAUUUUUUGAAAGUUGUUUAGUGGCGUUAUUAUGCUUGAUACUGUUGCUUUUGUUGGAACUUAAGUCUAUCAAGGAAACAAUUGGAGCCAGAAGAUCAAAAGUUAAGUCUUUGUGAAAUAUAUAGAACGUAAUUAGGAAUUAAAAAAACAAUAAAAGUUUCAGGUAUUUUGUUUAAAAAUGUAUCUACAAUUUAGUUUAUCUUUAGUGAAGACGUUCAGUAAAAAAAAAUUGAGUUGUCACAACAAAUACUAACAAGAAUCCUUACCAUAGCCAAAGACAUGCCAUCCACUUCGCCUCCACCACGGGUAACAUGCUGUGCUGAAUUUCUUCCCUCCAGCGAUAUUGUUACUCAUUACCCAGUACCGUUCAGUUGAUUACUCAAACUGUAUUGAACUAUACCGCAGGGAUCGAACUGGACAUCUCAAUGUAAUAAGAUUUCUGAAGUACACGGUCAUCGCGCUUCUGCCAACGGCCAU